ACUGCCUCUGCCCCAACAGCUCUUUCCCUCUUUAGCCCAGCGCCAACUCCCACCAAGAACUGUUCAUUCGGAGGCAGAGGCAGGUGGAUCUCUGUGAGUUCGAGGCCAGCCUGGUCUACAGAGCUAGUUCCAGGACAGGCUCCAAGCCACAGAGAAACCCUGUCUCGAAAAACCAAAAAAAAAAAACAAAAAACCUGUUCAUUCUUUUCUGGCCUUUACAGCAUGUCUCUUCACUGCAAGGCAGAAGUCUCUUCAGCUGAUGGCUUUAGAACGAUUCAGUAGGAAAUCUCUCGCAGCAAGAGUAUCUUGAGUUUGGGAAAUGUGGGCUUUUCCAUCCUGACUCUUCCAUCUGUCUCUGCUGAAAUAUUCAGAUCUGUGUACCAUUAUAAUUCAUUCAUUCGACAGAGAGGAACCCCCACAGACUUAGUAAAAAAGCCUGCGGCUAUAACGGUCCACACUUCUCUAAUCGGUCUCUUGCUGCCGUACCCAACAGCCAACCUAGUCUUGGAUGUGGUGAUGCUGCUCCUUUAUCUUGGCAUUGAAGUAAUACGACUGUUUUUUGGUACGAAGGGAAACCUCUGCCAGCGAAAGAUGCCCCUUGGCAUUAGUGUGGCCUUGACCUUCCCAUCUGCCAUGAUGGCUUCAUAUUACCUGCUGCUGCAGACCUACGUGCUCCGCCUAGAAGCUAUCAUGAACAGCAUCUUGCUCUUCUUUUGUGGCUCAGAGCUGCUGCUUGAGAUGCUCACGUUGGCCACCUUUUCCAGUAUGGAGAGGAUCUGAAGUAUAAGAAUUCCAGCUGGUAGCCCAUCAGGGUGACAACCCAUUCUUCUGGUACUUCAGCCACACUUGUGAAAAGUGGUAGGUCAUGUUGGCCUAGGAAAGGUUGUGUGGUUUUUCCUCAGAACAGACAUUUGGGCAUUGAGCACCUACCUGAGGUCACUGGCAUCAUCUUUAAACCAGGAACAUCAACAGGAGAUACUGACCUUUUGUGGUAGGGAGGGGCAAUGCUGUCCCCAUCUUGAUCUUUCUAACAGCUCCUACUGACCUCAAGUUCUCUUCCUUGGUCAUCAUGGCCAGAGUUCCUUGUGUGGACCAUCUGGGCUUGUUGGGCUUCCAUCAGGACCUGAGCCACAGCACCUGUACAUGUACCACAUCUGUCUGCAUGAGCAUGAAAAGUAAUGAUGGUGGGCUCCUGGACUGAUUCAAAUACCCCCAACCCAAUGCUCAGAGAUGGAGACCCAGAACCCUUUUAGUAGUUCAUAGUAUUUUUCUAUUCUGAUCAUGAA